AGGACAGCACGGAGCAAACACAGCCGGACUGCAGCAGUUUGGCGAAAUUCAGUGAAAAAUUUUUCCGGUGAAAAUUUUUGGAAAUUUUUGUAGCCUAAAAUAUUUCGGCGGCUGUCCCAUUUGCCGGUCCAACAACAUACAAAAAUCAGCUGCAUGGGCGCUGCAGCUGGCUCCAUCUUUUGUGGCAACGAGAGCUCCCAGCUCCCAGUUCCCAGUCCCCUUCAAAACAGUAUUUUGGCUCAGCUUCUGAGCGGUUGAGGACCGACCGUCUGCGCCGACGUCAGAAUCAGCGGCAGCAGCAGCGACAGCAGCGACAGCAGCAGCGGCAGGCAGUGGCUGUAUCUUUCUCGAGACUUGGAGACUUGUAAAGGCUUUUAGCUCAUGUGCUAAAAGCAAAAAAUUACUCGCUCUUCUCGGUGUCGCGCGUCGCUCGGAACUGCGUCAGAGCCGUCGUCCGGAGCAUCCAGAGAUUGAGGCAACAGCCAAAAAGGUAAACAAAAACCUGUGUGCGCGUGCUGUAUCAAUUGCCGUAAAACACCGGCAGCCGUCAAGGCCUUCUACUUCGAAAAGGAGGCGGCGGCGUGUGACGUCAUGGCCCGCUGCUCACGCCCACAUCAUCUGGCUCCCAUGCUCUCGGCCAUGUGGCAGCACUGCAAGCUGCUCUGCCUGCUGGUCGUCUUCCUACUGCUCUGCGAGACAGUCCAGGCCAAUCCGGACGCCAAGCGGCUCUAUGAUGAUCUUCUGAGCAACUACAAUCGCCUCAUACGACCCGUCAGCAACAACACGGACACGGUGCUGGUCAAGCUGGGUCUGCGGCUGUCGCAACUGAUAGAUUUGAAUCUGAAAGAUCAAAUUCUAACGACCAACGUCUGGUUAGAGCAUGAAUGGCAGGAUCAUAAAUUCAAGUGGGAUCCCUCGGAAUAUGGCGGAGUUACCGAGCUUUAUGUGCCCUCUGAGCACAUCUGGCUACCCGACAUUGUCCUCUACAACAAUGCCGACGGGGAGUAUGUGGUAACCACCAUGACCAAGGCCAUACUCCAUUAUACAGGCAAAGUGGUGUGGACACCGCCUGCCAUCUUCAAAUCCAGCUGCGAGAUUGAUGUCCGCUACUUUCCCUUCGAUCAGCAAACGUGCUUUAUGAAAUUCGGCUCCUGGACCUAUGAUGGUGAUCAGAUCGAUUUGAAGCACAUCAGCCAGAAGAACGACAAGGACAACAAAGUGGAGAUUGGCAUUGAUUUACGCGAAUAUUAUCCCAGUGUGGAGUGGGAUAUAUUGGGUGUGCCGGCGGAGCGGCAUGAGAAGUACUAUCCGUGCUGCGCCGAACCGUAUCCGGAUAUCUUCUUCAACAUCACCCUGAGACGGAAGACUCUGUUCUACACGGUUAACCUGAUCAUUCCAUGCGUGGGUAUCUCUUACCUGUCGGUCCUCGUUUUCUAUCUGCCCGCGGACUCUGGGGAAAAAAUUGCCCUCUGCAUCAGCAUUCUGCUGUCGCAGACCAUGUUCUUCCUGCUCAUAUCUGAGAUUAUACCCUCAACGUCGCUGGCCCUGCCGCUGCUGGGCAAAUACCUGCUCUUCACCAUGUUGCUGGUGGGGCUGAGCGUCGUCAUCACCAUCAUAAUACUCAAUAUACAUUAUCGGAAGCCGAGCACCCACAAGAUGCGGCCCUGGAUACGGGCCUUCUUCAUCAAGCGGCUGCCGAAGCUCCUGCUGAUGCGUGUCCCCAAGGAUUUGCUGCGUGAUCUGGCCGCUAAUAAGAUCAAUUACGGCCUGAAGUUCAGCAAGUCCAAGUUUGGCCAGGCCCUGAUGGAUGAGAUGCAAAUGAACUCGGGCGGCUCCAGUCCGGACUCCAUACGACGCAUGCAAGGCCGUGCCGGGGUGGGGGGCUGCAAUGGCAUGCAUGUUACCACGGCCACCAACAGAUUCAGCGGCCUGGUGGGCGCCCUGGGUGGCGGCUUGAGCACACUGAGCGGCUACAACGGACUGCCAUCGGUGCUGUCCGGCUUGGACGACUCUUUGAGCGAUGUGGCGGCACGCAAAAAGUAUCCUUUCGAGCUGGAGAAGGCCAUCCACAACGUCAUGUUCAUACAGCAUCACAUGCAGCGGCAGGACGAGUUCAAUGCGGAGGAUCAGGACUGGGGCUUUGUGGCCAUGGUCAUGGAUCGGCUAUUCCUGUGGCUCUUCAUGAUCGCUUCGCUGGUCGGGACCUUUGUGAUCCUGGGCGAGGCACCCUCGCUGUACGACGACACCAAGGCCAUUGAUGUCCAACUGUCGGAUGUUGCCAAGCAAAUCUACAAUCUAACCGAGAAGAAGAAUUAAAUUCAAAAUGAAAAUCCUAACCCUAAGAUGAUUUCCUAGCCUAAUGUUUUCGAAUUAAAAUUAAUAUACGUAUAUGCAAAUUAAAUAAAAAUGUUGGCCCCAAAGCAGCCAAGCAAAAUGCU